GCGGCGGCCAUGGCGGCGCGGUUCAGCGGGGUGCUGCAGCUCACGGACCUCGACGAUUUCAUCGCUCCCUCUCAGGAAUGCAUCAAACCUGUAAAAGUGGACAAAAAACCUGGGAAAUCAGCAGCCAAGAUCAGAAUUGAAGCUGAUGGAAGCUAUUUCCAGGUCAAUCAGGAUGGGGAAGCCCAAAAGCUGGAAAAAGCCAAAAUUACCCUGAAUGAUUGCCUGGCCUGCAGUGGCUGCAUCACCUCAGCUGAGAGUGUCCUGGUGAGGCAGCAAAGCCACGAGGAAUUCUGCAAGGUGCUGGCUCUCAACAAGGUUGCUGAUCCCCAUGAGCAGAAGCUGGUGGUGGUUUCUUGUGUCCUGAAGUUUUGUUAUCCUGUCCCAGGUGUGCACUACGUGUUUGACACGACUUUUUCCAGGAAUUUCAGCCUCUUGGAGAGCCAACAGGAAUUUGUGAGACGUUUCCACAGACAAGCAAAUGACAAAAAAGCUCUGCCCAUGUUGGCCUCUGCCUGCCCAGGUUGGAUCUGCUAUGCAGAGAAAACCCAUGGCAGCUUCAUCAUUCCCCACAUCAGCACCACCAAAUCCCCCCAGCAGGUCAUGGGCUCCUUGGUCAAGGGUUACUUUGCAGAGCAGAAGCAGCUGCCCCCUGACAGGAUCUACCACGUCACAGUCAUGCCCUGCUAUGACAAAAAGCUGGAGGCCUCCAGGCCAGACUUUUUCAACCAGGAAUACCAGACCAGGGAUGUGGAUUGUGUCAUCACCACAGGAGAAGUGCUAAAGCUGCUGGAGCAAGAAGGAGUGUCCCUGUCAGAUAUGGAUCCUGCUCCCCUGGACAACUUGCUCGGCGGGGCCGCGGGGGAGCUCAGCACCCACCCCGGGGGGGGCUCGGGGGGGUACCUGGAGCACAUCUUCAAACGCUCAGCCCUGGAACUCUUCGGCAUCCACGUGGACUCCAUCCACUACAAACCUCUCAAGAACAAAGACUUACAGGAGGUGACCCUGGAGAGGGAUGGGGAGGUGCUGCUCCACUUUGCCCUGGCCUAUGGAUUCAGGAACAUCCAGAACCUGGUGCAGAAGCUGAAAAGAGGGAAGUGCCCCUAUCACUACGUGGAGGUCAUGGCCUGUCCCUCAGGCUGUCUGAAUGGAGGAGGGCAGAUCAAACUGGAAGGGGAAUCCAGCAAGGAGGAACUGCAGCAGGUGGAGAGGCUCUAUGAAUCCCUGAGGGCUGAGAUUCCAGAGGAAAACCAGGCUGUGAGGGAGCUCUACCAGCACUGGCUGGGGGGCUGGGGCUCAGAGAGGGCUCAGGCAGUGCUGCACACACAGUACCACGCUGUGGAGAGAACAAACUCUGCCCUCAACAUCAAAUGGUGAGGGCUGGCCAGCCCAGCACAUCCUCAGUGCCUUCUGAACUCUCAUCCCUGACCCUCCAAGGGCUCUGUGCAAUUCC